CUCUUUUUCAAUGUGCUAACAUUUAGAGGCUCUGAUUAAAAAGAAAUCUCGGUGUCUUAUACUGCGACUGCUGUGCGGAAUCAACAUCUAUUAACUCCAGCUAUUUACGAUAUCCAAUUUAUUUUCAUCUUACUCUCAGCGUUUCCCCGUUUCAACUGCUAGCUCUUCGAAGGAGCUAGCCCACACGCCAGCACACGCUAUACACUACACACUUCAGCUAUAGCCUGAACUGUGUUGGCAACCGUCAUCAGUUUCGAAGUCCGUGUUUAGUGCUUGCCUUGGAUCUGCUGGACCUCGGAUGCCGGUUGCGGCGUGGUUGAAAAUUUUCAUUACAUAGUAAUUGUGAUCUUACUAUUUACGUCUGGGAUAGCAGGCUCCUAUGCACCUCACGCUAGAUUAUUGGGCUGAAGAAAUUGUUGGACGAAAUAUGGCAACUUUUACGGCCUUAAACGGAGGCGAACCAAAAGGCACCGAACGACAUAGUAGCAGUCCUACUUCGAUACAUGCGGUUUCUGAGGACCACCCCACUCGUCAGAUUCUCGUGCAGGACCCUAAGGUUCGAGACGUUUCUACUGGGCAGAGGGAGCACUGGUCGCGGACCAGUCCUGAUCGGCCGUCCUAUCAGCCCGCUGUGUAUCCAGAGGUUGAAGGAGCUCAUAAGCGCAAACGUUCGCCCUCAGACGAAACUCUCGGAGAGCUCCGUAGAAAAAGUGCCCUCGCUCGAGACCGGGAGCAACAACCUCACACACCGCAUACGGAGUCACGUGAUCCAUAUUCUAGUUCUCAGCGCGAGCGCGAGUAUAGGCAAUAUAACGAAGAGAAUCGAGGGCAUCACGAGGUUUGGUAUGCGCAACAGGGGAAUUCAGAUGACCGCGCCUCGUAUGAUCCACAAGGAUCCACGAGCUUGAUAGCCUCUCCGACUGAUGAGCAAAUUGGUGACACUCUUCGAAGAGCCAAUGCUCAUAUGGAGAACCAACACGACUACCAGGCGACAAGCCCCGACGGCGAUGAUAGCUCUGUGAUCUACGGAAGUGCCUCCUACACGCCGGAGCAGAGGAAAGGGGAUUCUAUGAUUCAGUCAGAUCCUAAGAAAAGGAAACGAAAUUUCAGCAAUAGAACAAAGACUGGUUGCUUAACUUGUCGAAAGAGAAAGAAAAAGUGUGAUGAGACGAAACCCCAAUGCACCAAUUGUGUCCGAGGCGGGUUUGUGUGCCACGGAUAUCCAAACCAACGAGGCUAUCCUAAGAUGGAGAAUAAACCUGCGGCUGUUCCGCUUGAAUCCAAGGACCCCAGCUAUGUGCCACCUGGUGCCUACGGGAUGCCCCAACAGAGUAAUUAUUCGAUUCCACCCCCGCCGCCUCCAAAGCGUGAUCCGCCUGUUCAACCCUAUCGCGGGCAAUCUCUUCGGAUAGAACCAGUGCAAGGCCGGCCGAUACUAGCAGACGAUAACCGACAGGUGCCCGCAACGCUUCCCACCCCAACCCCUUCUGCCACAAGUCCGGAAAACAAACUAUCAUCAAUACCUUACAACAGUUCGACAAGCGUGUUUCCUACUCCAAUAAGCGCCACAAGCACUAAUAUGCAGCUACCAACACCACUGAGUAGUGUCGACCGGCACAAAGACUACCAGAGAGUACCGCCGUUACACGAUAUCACACGCACCGAACACGAAGUCCCGCAUUCUGCUCCGCUUCCGCAAAUCAAUAUCCUUCCGCCAACUCGAAGCAGCAGCCCACCACCUCCAUCACAGUCGCAAUCUCACCCUACGUCUGCACCCCCGCCUCCUCCUCCGCCACCUCCUCCGCCUCCUCCUCCAGCCCCGGCGGCGGCGACAACAACUGACCCCCGGGAAGCAGCACGACUUGCCUUGUCACAUCACAAUUUCCCUCCCGAAAAAGAGAGAACUCAGAAGGAAGACAUGCUCCUAGGGAACCAAUACUAUCCAUUUGACGAAGAACUUGUAUUAGAGAGACAACGAUGCAGCGCCGCGUGUUUCAGGUUUAACAAUUCUACGAAUCCCAAUGUUGGAGUUUCAGCGUCUGAACGAUCACGCCUCUUCCGGGAGAUCUUAAACCCAACAGAGCCCAUCUUCAUGGAUCCGCAAUUGGCUUCAACCAUCACCAAUGUUGGAAACGUAGGGCAAGAAGUAGUAGUUGAGGCGCCAUUUACCUGCGACUAUGGCUACAACAUCGCCAUUGGAAACAACGUAUUCAUCGGCCGAAAUUGCACCAUUAUCGAUCCUAUGGACAUCGUCAUCGGCAAUAACUGUUACAUCGGUCCGAAUGUCAGUCUAUUCGGCGGCACGUUGCACACUGACCCGAAGAAGCGCAAAGGCAGUAAGAGCCCACAUCUAGGCGCGCCCAUAUACAUCGAUGACGACGUAUGGGUAGGUGGAGGUGCUAUAAUUCUCCUCGGUCUUAAGAUUGGAAAGGGGGCGACGGUUGCUGCUGGCGCAGUGGUCACCAAAGAUGUGCCACCAUUCACUGUGGUCGCUGGCAAUCCGGCUCGAGUAACUCGCGGCGCCAUCAGUUGACAGGAUAUAAGUUGAAUAUAUCUACUUGCCGUUCUCUCGGGCCUACGCAUGCAUGCGUGUAUUUCGAUAUUGCAGAAC